AUGAGUGGGCCGGGAGCCGGACUGCGCAGUAUCGACACACCAAUGGAGGAAAUUGAAUCCAUCUUUGACACCGUGUUUGCUCCUAGCCCAGGAGACGCAGCACAUGAAUUGGAUCCUUCUUUGGUGUCAGACCUAGUCCAACUGUAUGGAAGUGAUGAGGAUAUACUAGAUGCCUACUAUGUCUUCAUCCAUCCUUAUCACCCAAUUCUCCCUCCACCCGAACGUUUGCCCGUAUAUAACCGCCCCUUGUCUCAGCGGCCAGAGUUUCGGCCGGCAAGUCCGCUGAGUCUAGCUAUCUCUGCCCUUCUGGUCCUCAUUCCACAUCCGAACGAGUCAGAUCCAUUGAGAGCAGAGUAUGUGAAGCUUCGCAGAGGGUUUGCGCAGACUUUUGCUCGAGAUGCUCUGAAAGCUGUAGAGCUUGAUGCCAGUCUGCUAAACCCAUCGAAUAAUACUCUCAGUGUGCAUAGAGCAAGGUUUCAUCCUAAGUUGCCUUUGUGUCUAGAAGGCAUCCUAGCUCUGAAUAUUCUAAGUGUCUAUGAGUAUGCACAGCGAGGCAGUUUAUGCACAAUGAGCGAUCGAGCUAAUGAGGCACUGACAUCAGCGAUGAAACUGUCGUUGCAUGAGACCCUUGAGGAGGAUGAAUAUGCGGAAGCCAGGCGGAGGACAUGGUGGAUGACGUACAUGGUGGCAUGUCAAGCAGCCAUUUUGAACAACAUGCCUGCCACAUUCGACCCGUUUGAUCCUCAUUUUGCGACACCAUUUCCCGAGGGAUGGAAGGUGCCUGUCGAGGCGCAACAGACGCUCCUUGAGACUGUCGCGUUUAUGACUGACCUCGAGCAAACGAAGGCUUCGGGUCAAAGUGAAUCUGGGAUACGGGAGCGGAUGUUGGGUCUUGAUUCCCAGAUCGGAUCAUUGUUGUUUCUAUGCAGAGACACGCGGUCUGCCCCCAAGAUCGUUCCAACACAGGUGGAAUCUCCGGAGGUCGCGGCCUCCCAGAUCAUGAUCACUAUUGCAGAAAUCCGAUUGCACACCGCCAGAAUUAAGGCUCACAGACUUUGUGCUUUCCAAGAUAUUCCCAGUUUCCAUCAGCAGCAGUGCGAAAUCGGACCAUCUCCCAUUGUAUCUGAAUCUGGGACCCGGCCCGACUCGCUUUCUGCUAGUGGAGCAGAAAGCACACAGCCUUCAACGCCUUCAUCAAGCUCACCUUUGCAUUUUCCUUUAUCCUCGCACGAAUCCUCCAAAAUCUGCUUCCACGGCGCCCUUAACAUCGUCACCUUACUGAACAAUCUUCCCUUCCCUAACCCGACCAACGAGGUCCCACUCAACAGCCCACCGUAUCUCUCCCAGACAACCCGCGUCGAGAUCCCACGGAGCAUACUCACCUUUGCCUGCUGUGGAAUGCAAUCCGGCUAUGUGAUGUUAAUGCUUUGUCUCAAGGCACGCGCUCUACGGGAGCGCCGUAUGGAGGAGUCCAAUUUCGCAGACACUCCCUCUCUGACAGCUCUUUUGAAUGAUCUGCAUCAAAGCUUACGGCUGCUUGUCAAGUGUUUGAAUAACUGUGCGGUCGCAUUUGAGGCGCUUUCUGGAAUGAGAGGUACUCCUAUUCCUGUGUCUGAGAAUACUGUUGCCUUAUAUUUCAACUGA